ACCCGCCGCCGCUUCUGAUACAAACCCUAAUAAAACUUCUCCCGGACUCCCCCUCGCUCGCCUCCAAUUUCUCUUCCUCCCCGACCCGCGGCGGCGUGACCCAUAGCUCCCGAUUCCACCCAUGGCGUCCCACCUCGACUUCCGCUACCUCGACGAAGGCCUCGGCGGCGAGCGCGGGAAGCGCAAGCGCCGCGAUGAGGAGGCCGCCGCCACCGCCGAAGACGACUCCAUGGACCUCGACGCCGGCGCCGACGCGCCUCGCCCGUCCAAGCUCCGCGCGGUGCCCUCCCUGUCCGACCCCUCCAAGCCGGCCUCGUUCGGGCAGCCCACCUACGAUGGCGUCAUCGCCGGGCGCGUGUCGGGCCGCCGCUGGAAGGAGGUCCGCACCCGCCGCGCGUCGGCGCUGGCGGCGUCCCGGAAGCCGACCCCGCUGGAGCAGCGCGUCCGGGAGAAGUCCCUGAAGCGCGCGUACCAGGCGCGCGUGGCGGACCUCAAGGAGGAGAUCCGGCAGAACAAGGUGGCGAAGCGGAAGCAGCGGGAGGAGCGGGAGAAGCGGAAGAAGGAGAACGUGCUCCGCUCGGGCACCAAGCUGCAGCGGGUCACCAACCCCAAGACGAUCCAGAAGAUCGCCAAGUCCAAGAAGCGGAAGCAGCUCAAGGUCGUCCCCGACGAGUUCCUCGGCGGCAAGAAGUCCGAGGCCAGCCGCCGCAUGCAGGUGCCCGGCCUGGAGAACUGAGAUCGACAGCGUUGUGGUGGUGGACUGGUGGUGGCAAGGUGCAAAGAUUUGUGAACGUCGGUUCCGUUCGUGCAAAAUUGUAAACUGAACUGUCAUUGUUCGCUGCCUCUUCUUGAGUAUUAGCAUGGCACAUUGAUGUAUGCAAAUCGAUAAUCUCCCUACGCGGCGUAUGGAUUAUGUGGUUCAUGUUUCUCCUGACCGGAGAAACUUUCAGCCUGACAAACCUACAAAGUUUCUUAUAUAACAUCGUCCUCAAAAACAGAA